GCUGUCUUGGGAAGUUUCAGAAUUAGGGUUCCUUUGAAUAAAAGUGAACAGCCCUUGAGGGAGGAAGGGGAGGGAAAGGAAAGGAGGGCUGGCUGAGAGGUGAAAAGAGAAGAACUUCUUUCGGAGGCGGAAAAGUCGGGCGUGUGAUCUUCGCUGGAAGACCGUUCCUGAUAGCAUGGGUGGGACAGUCGCCCUGGGCAGCCCCUCAGCAGUGGGGCAUCAAAGCUGUUUUAAGCCCUUCAGAAAUGACUCUGACAAGUGCUGUAGAAACCACAACACAAAUUAUCCCGGAUAUAUCAAAGAGACUUGCACUGGCAAAGAGACAUCUUGAGUAAUUCAUUACAUGGGAUUCACUACUGUCAACCUUUGGACUAGUGGCUGCUGAGUUAGGACUUUUGAAGACAAAUGUGUAUCUAACUGAAAAGAGGAAGAUGACUGCCAGUGUCACCACGUUUAACAUUGAUGCCCCUCGCUGGGACCAGAGCACGUUUACAGGGCGUGUGAAACAUUUUUUCAACAUCACAGACCCUAGGACUUUGUUUGUGUCAGAGCAUGAGCUAGACAUGGCACAGACAUUGGUGGAGAGCUGCAGAGUAGGUGUGGUGCCCCCAGGAACCAGUGAGGAGAAGCUUUAUUAUGCCAAGAAGCUUUAUGACUCAGCUUUCCACCCUGAUUCAGGGGAGAAGAUGAAUUUAAUAGGGAGAAUGUCAUUUCAGGUCCCUGGAGGAAUGGCCAUCACUGGUUGCAUGCUGCAGUUUUACAGGACAGUUCCAGCUGUUGUUUUCUGGCAGUGGGUGAACCAGUCUUUCAAUGCCAUUGUGAACUACACCAACCGGAAUGCUGCCAAUCCUAUCUCACUGAAGCAAAUUGGAGUGGCUUAUUUCACUGCAACCAGCACUGCCUUGGCAACUGCUGUGGGACUCAACCUUUACACUAAGAGAGCCCCAAGUCUUGUGGCACGCUGGGUCCCCUUUGCAGCAGUAGCUGCUGCCAACUGUGUGAAUAUCCCCUUAAUGAGGCAGCAAGAACUCAUUAAUGGGAUCACAGUGACAGAUGAGAAUGACAACACUCUGGGCAAGUCCAGGAAAGCUGCAAUCAAGGGGAUAACCCAAGUGGUGGUUUCCCGUAUUGUCAUGGCUGCUCCUGGGAUGAUUUUGUUGCCUGUCAUCAUGGAGAAACUUGAAAAAUACCCUUUUAUGAGUAAAAUCCGGGUUUUCCAUGCUCCACUGCAAACAAUACUCGUUGGAGGGUUCCUCGUCUUCAUGGUCCCAAUAGGCUGUGCACUCUUCCCACAAAGGAGUUCAAUUGCCCUUUCACACCUGGAACCUGAUCUCAGAGAGUCGAUUGUGGCCAAACAUGGGGACAAAGUGCCUUAUGCCUAUUUUAACAAGGGACUAUGAAAUAGUUGCCUGGACGUAGUACAUCCUCCCACUUUGAAAUAUUUUACUGGGAGAAGCCCUUAGAAGAUGUGGUCAUGAAAUGAGUUCAAGAUGUCCUAUCAAGAAAGCCACUCUACCCCCUUUGUUCUCCAGAGUUCUUGUUGAUGGAUGUAGCUAUGUAGAUGGGCACAUUUGUGAUUUGUGGGUGGGAGGGCAGUUAUCUUUAUCUGUUCCUCUUGUGGUCUUGCUAUUAUGCUGAGAGAUGGAGUUAGUCAUUGGUUUAGUCAACAUUAUGGCAAUGGAGGGGAAU